UUGCGCUUAUUUUAUUGUGUGUGUUUCGGCAAGCAAACUAUUUUCUGUCCUUGUGCGCAUUGCAUUGAAUUUUAUUUGUCGGUCAAAUUAAAUGACCUUUCACAUACGGACUGGAAGGUGAUUUACAUUUUUCUCUCUCUUCUUGGAGAGGAGAGAAGCAGUAGUUGAAUCAGUCCAGUAAAACUGAGUUCAUUGUUCUUUUCCAUUAUUCCGUGGUGGAAAUUUUUUGGUGGAAGUGGAAAAAGACCGAAAACUGAUCAUUCUAACUGCGCCUGCUGAACGACCAACAACUUAUCAAAUAAUCCAGCAGAGCUGUACUUUGAAGGAAGUUGUUGUUUCAAAUUUCAAACCACAAUGGCAACCGUGACAAAGUCUUUUCGGUGGGGGGAAACUUCAUUGGUGGAUUCGGGGGAUGAUAGAAGUAGAUGUUCAGGGGGUGCGAGCGGCGCUGUUGGUAUUCAUAGUACCAGUGGACAUUUGAAUAACAUGCAGACUAUGGUGGGGUUGAGAAUGAUUUUAAGCCCUGGAUUAAUUCGGGAUACUGGGUGUGGUCCCAAACUGUUUACCAUUAUUCCACCCAGCCUCUCGACGGUCCGAGAGUUCAAGAACCAUUUGUCCACAAACAUUUUGAAGACUCAUAUCCCGUUUUACUUUUUCAAUGGCGAUUACCGAAUUCCCGAUGAGGAGGACAUUCGAAUCUUUUCUCUGUUGAGUGAACCCUGCCGGGUAGUCCCAGUUCCUCAACCAAAGUCUGUCCUCUCAAUAUCAGGAAAUGGGUCCGGAAUUACGACUACAUCUACUCCAUUGCCGAAUGGACUACCACUACCACCGGUGCACAGCACCGAAGAAGAAGACUCUCAAGGAACGCCACCGUCUUCAAAACGAGUGAAAUUCAGCGACACUUUUUCUCCUGAUGGUAUCGGACUCUCUAAUGGUGGUGGUGGCAUGGACAAAGUGGAUCUUGGUGGAGGAAAACGGAAGAAACGCCAAACAACCAACGAUAACGAUUCAAUUGUUGCACUCAAUGGAUCCGCCAAUCCACCGAGUAUGUUGGAUUCUUCCGUUGAAGUUGGAGCUAAACGCCGAAAGCGACACAGGAAACACAAGUCCAAGAAGAGCAAACCACUUCCUGAAACGAAUGAUGAUGAAGAAGAAGCUACUAAUAAAGAUUGUUUUGCCGAAUCUGACGACAGAAUGGUUCUCUCGCCGGAAGGAGAAAGUACUGAAAAAUCACAAGCAACAACAGCUAAAAUAAAUCUAAAAGGACUUGGUCCCCUGGCACCGAAAAAAUCUAGCAUCAUCCUGGGAUAUGACGCAGAUGAGAGUGAAAUGGAUUUAAGUCAGAAAGUGAAUUCCAACAACAAAACUCAUUCUUCUCCCUCAUCCAAAGGUGCUAAUAACAAUAAGAAGACUGAGCAACAACAAAAAUUUUCUAUACUAAUCAGCACAACCACUGAACCAAUUUGUAUCGAUGAUAAUCAAGCGAAGAAAAAGAAGAAAUCUCUCGAUAUUGGUGAAUUCAUUUCUCCCAACGAUGUCGUUGACCAGAAAUAUAAAAGAAUUCGUGAUAAAUCCUCAUCGAGCAGUAAGAGUAAAUUUAAUAGUAAUAGUAUUGCCGAGACUCCAAUCCAAAACACAUUCGGAUCUUCUGGAUAUGAAGACAUUGAUAGCUACGAUAGCUCCUCGGGGAGACGAAAGGAUACACCAAUGCUUCCAAAAAUCCUGAAAAAUCCAUCUGCCACGUAUGAACUGGUGAAAAAGAGUUUGAGCUUUAAUCAGGAGGUAGGAUCAGAGUCGGAAUCUUUAGAUGAGGUCGCUGUCGCACGAGCGACUGAUGAUCUUGAAGUCCAGGAUAUCGAUAUUGAUGGUGAAAGUAGUGACAGUGAUAACGAAGAUUCCACCGUUGCAACUGCUGCUGCUGCCUCAACAAAAUCGCCGCCCAAUUUGUCGAUCGGUCAAGUCAAAAUUGGUGACAAGAUAUCUUUCAAGAUGGUCGAAAUGGAUGAGAAUUACUCCCCUGGCGUCUCUGAUGUGAAAGUUGCCAAAAUCAUUGAUAAGGAUGAUACGGAAGGAGUGUUGGAACUUCAGUAUAUUGGUGAAGAACUUGCAAAAAAGAAGGAACGUUCUGGAAUUUACGAGAUUGAAGAUGAGGAGCUGGAAUCUGAACCAUUGGAUAACCCCACCACCGUCAAGUUUACGGGGUUGUUGUCGCUCAGUAUUGUCAAAGAAUGAAAAGGCGAAGACAUCCUAUCUCCAACCAAUCCAAUAGCUACAGAAAUCUUUAUUAUUUUCAUUUUAGCCUGGUUCGUUUCAUUUAAAUUACAUUCAAUUGUCAGUUCUUAUUUUUGUAGUAGAAUUGCAUAAUUUUAAUUAUUUUUGAUCUUAGUAUGCAACUUGUCAUAGAAUUGUCGUGUUGAUGAAUUGUCCUGUACUACUGCUUAACUAUUAUUAGAAAUUUUCCAGAGAAUGUGAUAUUGGAUUAGAUACGGAAUUUAUAGUCAUGCUAAAUUUUGAGUGGUAUGUAAUUAGUGAACAUUUUGAACUGAUUGAUUUUUUAUGAAUGUACAUGUAAUUUGUACAACGACGGUUGUAUUCACUACUUAAUAAACUUGGUAACUAAUAAUCAACCAUGAA